AUGGGGAUCGCCGGAACUCUGAGUUCAGACCAACUGGAAUUCUUCAAUUCUCAAGGAUAUCUUGUCAUCGAAUCAUUUGCUAGCCCUGAAGAUAUCGAUUCCAUGAGGAAGAGGAUGGAUAAAUUACUUGAUGAUUUUGAUUACACUACCGUCUCUGUUUUCUCUACUAAGAAUCAGCGAAAGGUUACUGAUGAUUACUUCUACGAGAGUGCUGAGAAAAUUUCUUUUUUCUUUGAAGAAAAAGCAUUUGGGGAUGAUGGAAACUUGAAGCAACCAAAGCAAUUGUCCAUUAACAAAGUGGGGCACGCCCUACAUGAGCUUGACCCAGUAUUCAAAGGAUUCUCUAGCUCUGAGAAAGUUUCCGGUUUGUUAUCAUUGUUAAGUUACAAGAAGCCAGUGAUCAUUCAGUCCAUGUACAUUUUUAAGCAACCAGGUAUUGGAGGUGAAGUGGUGCCACACCAGGAUAAUUCAUUUUUGUAUACUGAACCAACAACUUGCACGGGGCUGUGGCUGGCUCUAGAAGAUGCAACUAUAAUAAAUGGUUGCCUUUGGGCCAUGCCUGGAUCCCACAAAAAUGGCCUGGUCAGAAGGUUUCUUAGAGGUGAAAACGGGGUGUACUUUGAUCAGCCUUCCCCUUCUUAUGACCAAAAAGAUUUUGUGCCAAUAGAAGUGAAAGCUGGUUCUUUGGUUCUAAUUCAUGGCGAUCUUAUCCAUCAAAGUUUUGAGAAUCAGUCCUCAAAGUCAAGGCAUGCCUACAGCUUGCAUGUGGUAGAUACUGACGGCUGCAAAUGGGCUCCAGAGAAUUGGAUUAGAAGAAAAGUGGAGCCAGAGCCUUUAUAUGCAUCUUGA